CCUGAGAGGUUGAACCGGGGCAGGGUGAAACAGACCCAGCAGGCUGUGCUUUUCAAAGACCCGAGGAGACUAUAAAAGUGGUUUCAUGCCCGCUGCAGUAAAAAGCUGGGCUCGAUGUGCGCACAGACAGACGGAGGUAGGCAGAGCAGAAAGGAGGACGACGCACACUUUAACACCCACACACGCGCAGUAUUCAAGGUUUAUUUUCAAAUGUCGGCUCUCCGUCAUCGGUAGAGACAAACGAGAAGCGGGGAGUUUACGGGGCGGCAUUUUUUUCUUUAGUUCACUUCAGAUUUUUUAGGUCAGAAUAUUUAACACAUUCACCAGUGUUGGACAUCGUUUUAGUUAGUCUGCAUAUUUGCAUGUGUGCUACUUCAGUGACUAUAGGAUGCGCGUCUUCUCCAGCCGAGCCGGAGCUGUUUGACACAUUUCUCCCACCGAGCUGGAGUCACUAACCGGUCUGUUUUCCUACCGGGGGAAGUUGGGCUCAGUUCUACUUUUCUGGCCGUGCUUUUGAUGCCACGGAAAUGGGACCGCGCCAACGGGAGAGCGUGUCCGCGCCUUGUAGUAAAAGUUUGCUCUGGACCGUGCUGAUCCUCUGGCUGACCACGUCUGUUGAGGGGACCUGGAAGACGGGACUUUACAAAACUUACUCCGGGUCGCACACAGCAGCCUCUCUCACCUCAGUCUCUCAGAAAAGGAACUGGUGUCCUCACACGGUCACUAAGACCGUGACUUGCCAGGUGCAGAAUGGGACAAUGCUGCAGCGGGUCUACCAGACGUGCCGCUGGCCGCAGGGAUGUACGGGAGGCAGCUACAGGACCGUGGUUAGACCUUCCUAUAAAGUGGUGUAUCGCACUGUGACCUCUCUGGAGUGGAAGUGCUGUGCAGGAUUCAGCGGCGCUGUCUGUGAAGAAGAUGAAAGGAACCAGCUUGCAGCUCAAGAGGCCGUCAGGAAACCAUCCACGCUACGCCGCCCGCCUGCACGCACAGGAGAGUCACUCUCCAAUUGUCUCAACUGCAGUCGAAUCACAGCUUUGACCGACAGGCUGAGCUCACUGGAGGCGAAGGUCCAGUUAUACACUGCCCCGGCAUCCAUAUCACAUCGCAACCUUCAGGGUAAAGGAGCAACUGCACCAGAGGCCUCAUUACUGAUGGGGGCUGUGCCCGCUCAGGGAGCUCCUGGUGAGCAGGGACCUGCAGGUCCUCAGGGUUCAAAUGGGAGAGAUGGGCUUCCUGGCAGAGAAGGGAAGCUAGGGUCUCGAGGGCUGCCAGGUCCCAGUGGGCCUCGGGGGGAGGCUGGGACAAGGGGCCCAUACGGAGCCCCUGGAUCGAAGGGAUCUUCAGGACCUGCAGGCCCCCGUGGUCCACCAGGACACCUAGGAGAGAGGGGUCUACCAGGCCUGCCUGGCCCUCCGGGGCCUCCAGCUCCGGCCAGUGCCCACAUCCCAGAACCAGACCACAGUCGUGGAAAAGACUUCUUCAGCAACACUUUCCAUGACUCACCAGGGUUGCCUGUUCCAGGACCUGAGGGUCCCCCCGGGCCUGUCGGUCCAUCAGGUCCCAGAGGCCCAUCAGGACCUCCAGGUCCAUCAGGACAGAAUGGGAAGUCUGGAGCCCCUGGAACGCAGGGCCCUGUGGGUCCAAAGGGAGAACGCGGGGAGAGAGGUCCUUUAGGUUACCAAGGAGAGAGGGGCUUCAGAGGCGAGUCGGGAACACCGGGUACCAAGGGAGAGCCAGGAGAGAAGGGCUUGCCGAGCAAUCUAAAUGGGGACGGCAUACAUCAGAUCAGAGAGGCGCUGAAGAUCUUAGCCGAGAGGGUUUUAAUCCUUGAGACUAUGAUCGGUAUUCAUGAGCCUGAUCUAGGGUCUGGGGACGGACCGUUUGACACAGCCUCCCCUAGUUUCUACAGAGAUAAGCGAGCAGGUGCGCUUCCAUAUCGACUUGCUUCUCCUCUGUCCACCAACACCAAGGUUCGAGGAAAGUAGCCCCCUCCUGCUCACCCUGAGGAUCACAGGCUGGGUUGACUCCCCCUCCUCUAGGUCUCAUCGACCAUCAUCAGAUUUAGACGGUAUCUGAUACCCUCUCUGGGCUUUACCGUCAGAUUUAGGAUGGGGGACACCUCAGGGAAACUCCACUGAUACUCCAAAAUGCCCUCCUCCAUCGGGACCCUGAGAACUAGUUUGACCCCCACCCAUCACCAUAACCAAACACUUAUCUUCACAUAACACACCCAACAGCUUUGUGCGUCUCGUUUCUUUGGCUACAGAAGUCGGGCCUCAGAGUGAAGAUGUUUAAUGUUUGAAAAAAGGAAAAUCUGAAUCUUCUGUGGUGCUCCUCGAGCUACAAACAGUUCCGGAUAAUAAGGGUCAUUUACAGUAAUCAAUGAAAGGAGAAAUCAGAUGUGAGAAAACAGACUGGAUUUGCAUUUUUAUUGCUUUCACAAUCUAACUGCAAUUUGAAGAGAUUCCACUAUUUAAGCAUAUUGAGCAUGUACAGUUUGCAGGACACAAGUACACAAACAAACCUCUUCUAGUAUUCAUUUUGUUAUAAUCAUAUUGUUUAACUCAAUGUUAUGUAGUGCACUAAAAGAUGAAGGCAUCUCUACUCUAGCUAAGAUAUGUGUUGCUAACAGUGAUUUGUAGUUUUCUGGUGUGCGUGUCCCCCCCCUUAAAGUACACACUGAUAAAGUGAUUUAAUAUACAAUAGUAUAUUUACAUUUAGUGUGUGUACUAAAAGCACACACAUUUGAGUUUGGUGACAAAACAGAUUAUGUCAUAUAUUAUGUUAUAUCAUCAUUUUAAACAUCUCUGGAAUUGGCUGUCCAUUUUAAGAUCUUUGAUGCAGAGGAAAUAGCAAAACUGUUAAUGGAACUUGAACAUAUUUUUACCACUGUUGACAGCUUAAACUGUCCUGAUGAAAAGACUUGAUUGUUUUUUCAUCUUAUAUCAAACUUAUUGUGAAACUAUUUAAAAUGAUCUUUGUAUCUUAUUUCGUAUGCUGUUGUGUAACCAUUUUAUAUUUCAUUCAACAUGUUUUUUCUUGCAAAUGUGUUAUUGUGUUGAGAUAAUCCUGUCUAGAUGAUUGAUGUAAUAAAAUAAUGUGCAUUGUUUUGUUUUUCUACA